GCUGAACUGUUAUCUUGAUUCUGUUAUCAAACUUGAUUCCUCUGACAGUGUACAGUCCAUCAUUAAUUUUUUAAUGUUUACUUGCACUUGGCGAUAGAUCAAAACGAUGGCCUAUUUAGAGAGGAGACGUCUCACAUUUUUUGACUAUAAGGAGAACGCCGACUGUGGAAAAAUAGCUGAAGCUGUUGGGAAAGCUCGAGUUACUUCAUGUGCCAGUGGAUACGGUCUCAUCAUACUCGGUGAUUCCUCUGGUAAUGUUCAUAUAGUAAAUAAGCCGUUUGAGAUACGCACAUUCCGAGUGUACAACAUUAGUGUGACACUCACUGAGCAGAGUCGAACCUGUCCCUAUCUUGUUACAAUAGGUGAGGAUGGUGGAGGGAUCAAUCCACUCGUCAAGGUUUGGCAUGUUGAAAAACUCGACAAAAACGAUGUACCUGUUUGUCUGAAAAUUAUUAAAGCAUCCAUUCCAAACCAUGCUGUAGUUCCGACUUGCUUAACGAUAUUUGACAAUGUUACAAUGAUGGCUGUCGGUUUCAAUGAUGGCUCCAUCCUUCUGUACAGAGGCGAUGUAAAGAGGGAGAGAUCAAUCAAACAAACAGUUCUUCAAGUGCGUGGCCAAAACCAGGCAUCUAGCUUAACAGGCCUUGCUUUGUACCAAAAUAAGAAGAGCAUCUUACUUUAUGCCUCUACGGUUAAUUCAACCGAGAUGUUUGAUGUCUCUCAUAAAGACAAGGAAAAACAAGUCACACUUGAUGAUAAAGCUGGCUGUUCUUUAAGAUGCUCCGUGCUUGCUGAACAUGAAGAUGAAAACCAUUAUUUUGUUGCUCGCAAGAAGGCAGUGUUUUGUUACACGAAUGGAAAUCUAGGACCUUGCUAUGCAGUAGAUGGAGAGAAGUUUCUACUGCAGUGGUUUUGUGGUUAUCUAGUGAUUAUCUCAAAAGAUUCUCAAACCAAUUUAACACUCGGCCAGGCACACCAAUCUAGAGAUGCCGGACAAAUUCCGUAUUUCAUAACCAUUCUAGAUACGCUGAACAAUAUAACUGCGUACCACUCUCAACUGUUUGAUGUAAUGGCAGUAAUUGUCGAAUGGGGCUCUAUUUAUGUCCUCUCAACUGAUAACAGCCUUUCGAUCAUAGCUGAAAAAGACUUACAGUCAAAACUCACUCUUCUAUUCAAGAAGAACCUUUACGAUGUUGCGAUAAAGGUUGCAAAAUACAACCAAUAUGAUUCAGAUGGCUUAAUGGAGAUUUUCAGACAGUAUGGUGAUUACUUAUAUAGCAAAGGUGACCAUAAAGGAGCUAUAGAGCAGUACAUUAAAACAAUAGGAAAAUUAGAACCAUCAUAUGUUAUAAGAAAGUACAUGGGUUCCCAACAAGUAGAGAAUCUUACUACUUAUUUACAAGCACUUCAUAAGGAAGGCGUUGCAAAUGGUGGGCACACAACACUCCUCCUGAAUUUCUACACAAAACUCAACAAACCACAACUACUCAAGGAAUUCAUAAUGACGAAAGAUCGAGAUGUGGAUUUUGAUGUGGAAGUCGCUAUCGAUGUAUGUCGGCAUGUCUCGUCAGAGGAUGCUCUUCUUUUAGCGGAAAAGCACUCCCGCCAUGAUUGGUAUCUGACGAUACAGAUCGAAGAUCAAAGGAAUUAUAAAGAUGCUCUGAACUACAUCGCUAAACUGCCUUUUAUGGAGGCAGAAAAUAUGAUGAAGAAAUAUGGGAUAACUUUACUGGAGCAUGAACCGAAGGAAACAACAAAACUUUUGAUAAGACUCUGCACUGACUACAAGCCUAGUGAUGAGCCUUUAGUUGACAAUAAUUCUUUAAAUGGUUACCUCUAUAGAGAAAUAAACCAUUCUUCUCCAGAAUCUUUCAUACACUAUUUUCUCAACAACUCUGAAAUGCUAGUGGAAUUCCUUGAAAAUCUGAUUCAGAGUUCUUCACAACUUUCGCCCCAAAUCUACACAACACUUUUGGAACACUAUUUAGAGGUCUGGUCUGCCCAGAAGGGACAUUCGAGAAACGUGUAUGACGGGAAGAUCAUGAGAUUGCUCGAGUCGAUGGAGCUUGCCAGUGAAAAGCAAGAUCUCACCAAUGAGAAACUUCAAGCCCUCGUCCUUUGUAAAGCUGCAGAUUUCAAAUCUGGGCUGCUCUAUCUUUAUGAACAGAAUAAAAUGUUUAAAGCGAUUAUGAAGUAUCAUUUGAACGGGAAAGAUUAUGAUUCACUUGUUGCUUUCUGUAAACGCUUUGAACAUCAAGAGCCAAAUCUUUGGGUUCAAGCGUUAUGGUCAGUUACAACACAUGAAAAUUUACCGCAAGGAAUUCUUUCAACUAUUUUAAAUGCUAUUGAAAGAGGAAAUUUAUUAUCAACACUCUUGGUAAUCGAUGCUCUUAGCCACACACAAAACAUACAAUUAAAAAAUGUUAGGGAUUAUUUUAAAAAAAUACUCGAUAAUGAAAUAUCAACACUGACCAAGCAGCAACAAGAUGUUGAGAAGUUCCGUAAAGAAAUUGGAGAGAUUGAAAAGAUGAUCGAAUCCUACAAGACAAUGCCGGCCGUUUUUCAAGCUUCUCGGUGUGGGAUCUGCAAUAAACAGCUGGAGCUGCCAACUGUCCACUUUCUAUGUCAACAUUCUUUUCACCAACACUGCAUUGAAAGUUUUGCUGAACACGAAAAUGAAUGCCCGGCUUGCUUAGAACGAAACAAGCAAACAGUGAAAGCGAUUAAAUCUCAGGAAGAAAACACAGAUCUCCAUGAAAUAUUCCACAGUCAGUUGGAAAAUGCCGAAGAUGGUUUUUCUCUCGUUACUGAUUACUUAGGUCGAGGGGUUUUCACAAAGCUAAACAAUUUCAUGGAUGCUGAAAUGAAUAUGUUAGUACAAUUUAUCGUAAAAGGUUAUAAUCAGACGAGCGAACACAGAAGUGAAUCCGUUUACGAACCAAAACCAAAAACUUCAAGUAGUGCAAGUUCUCAUCCUCAAGGAAUGGCAUCCAUUAGCGCAAAUCCGUUUGGCGAUUAUAGUGAUGAAGAAGAUUCGCAAACAACAAAGCGUAACGAUGACCUUAAGGUUCCAUCCAAUCCUUUUGGUGAUUAUGAUGGAGAUGAUGAAACAGAGAUAGACGAUUAUGAUAAAAACUUAAAUCCAUUUAUGUAAUUUAUAAAUUUGUAUUGUUA